AUGCUUGUGGAGGACAGCGCGCCACAAGUUCGUGGUGCUGUAUGCAUGACGCUCGCUAUGCUAGCGGCUGCGCAAGUGGAGCAGGAAUCUGAAGGAACAGAAGGGAGCAAGCCUGAGGAAGAGGACAAGCUGUACCAGCUCAAGGUCGAGAGUGGGCUGGUCCGCAGGAAAGGUACUGACCAGGCAAUGCUCGUGGCGAACAAGCUGGCAGGCUUGCUUGAAGAAGACCAGAGCCCCGAGGUCCAAGCAGGAGCCCUUCAUGGGCUGCGUGCAUUGGGGCCAAACUUCGCAGGGCCUCAUGCACAGGUCCUUGCUGGACUUGCGAAUUCAAGCUCGUCUGAAUUCCGACUGUCAGUUCUGCAAACUCUCGGGGGACUUCAAGAAGCAGCGGUUCCAUUCGUGGAGCUGGUGGCAUCCCACCUUGGAGUAGAGGGAAAUGGUAGUGAGGCCUGUGCAGUCAAUGAAAUCGAGCAUGGCGCGGACACGGGUGUGGUGACAUUUGGUGAUCAGGCGGACGUGGAAGUCCAAGCUGCAGCAGCUGCAGCACUCGCAGACAUGGGCCCGUCGUCGACUUAG